AAGCGGGCCAGGAUAGCACGCACCCACGCUUGUCGCACCUGCACCUUCUUACUGGAAAACUCUUAUUCCGCUGAGUUGGCGAAUAUGUUGCGAGCACCUGUUCUCGGCGCUUUGCGCAGUUUGUCCGCGAAUUUGGCCUCCAGAAGACUUCUCACCACCAAGAGUAAAGCUACAGCAUUGGUCCAGGGGGAGGUGGUGUCAGUACAGUUCCCAGAAGGUGAUCAGCACAAGUUUCCUACAACUUGGCUGAGGGACAACUGCCAAUGCUCUGCAUGUUUUAGUCCUCACAUGCAUUCGCGACUUAUCCACUGGAGAAAUUUUGACAUAGAUGUACAUCCACUCAGUGUGGAGGUGGCUGACAGAAAUUUAAAUAUCAAGUGGUCUGACGGACAUAACAGCAGUUUUCAAUUUGAAUGGUUAAAAGAAAGGAACUUCACUUCUGAUAAACAGAAGCAAUGGUUGAACAAGACGUACAGGGCACCAAAGGAAACUUGGAAUACACAAAAGUUCCAGUCUAUAAUCAAGCGUUUCAAAUUUGAUGACAUCAUAAAAAGUGACCAAUCUCUUCUCUUAUGGCUUGAGGCUUUAGCUGUUUAUGGUGUGGCAAUAGUUACUGAGACACCUAGCAGUAAAGAAGAGAUUUCUAAACUUGCCAACAGAAUUGCUUUUCCUCGGAAAACACAUUAUGGAGAGACAUUUGAAGUAAAACACAAACCAGGCACAACAAAUUCUGCAUAUCUCAAUACACCACUACAAAUGCAUACUGACCUGCCAUACUACGAAUACAAACCAGGGUUGAAUCUACUCCACUGUCUGGUACAGACAGAUGGACCUGGUGGAGAAAAUCUAAUAACAGAUGGAUUUUAUGUUGGUAACCAUAUGAAGAAGCAUAAUCCAGAUUUCUACAAACUUCUUUCUACAGUUCCUGUAGAAUGGCUGGAUAUAGGUGAAGAGGAUGGGAUUAAAUUUCACACACUGUAUAGGGCACCAGUGAUUUGUGAAGACAUGUUUGGACAAAUCAUAAGAAUAAAUUACAGCCAGCCACAGAGAGAUUCUCACUUUAAUGUACCUUUGGAGACUGCUGUAUCGUGGUACAAAGCAUAUCAUGCCUUCACAAAAGCACUUUACCAUCCAGAUAAUGUUGUUAUGUUGAAGAACUCACCAGGUGACAUACUGACAUUUGAUAAUAUUCGUCUGAUUCAUGCACGUGAAGGCUACACUGACAAUGUCGGCCACGAAAGACAUAUCAUAGGUGUAUAUCUCGACUGGGAUAUUGCCUAUGCACGCAUUAGAGUGCUUCGUCAAAAUGCUGGAACGCUAAAAACAUGAGACAGAAUUUGGUGGCAAGAAAAAAAGGAAACUUAAGCACAUCAUUUAACCACGGAAUGAUGACUGUGCAAGGUUUAAGUGAUAAAUUACAAUUCAAACAACAAAAGAACUUAUAAAACCACAUUAGAUAUUGUGAUCCAUCACUUUUUCUCCAUUAAACAAAGUACUGUUGGUUCCAUCAUAAGCAUUUGUAAGAUAUCAUACACUGUAAAAACAUUUUCGUAUGAAACUUCAACAUUCUUGUUCAGUUAUAUUUCUCUGGAUAAGAAAUGUGAUUGAUGGAAAAACUUACAAAUAAGAACAAAGUUAGCAGUGAAAUGAAAAGACUCAGUAUUAUUACUAGUCAUGCUUUUCUCAAAAAUAAACUGCCUUUUCUAUAGCAAA